UACUGCGGUGGUCUGGGAAGGGGGCUGUCACGUGAUCGCUGGAUGCUGUCAGUUGGCGCCGAGAUGCUCCGUGUAGCGGGUCGCCUGGCCGCCGCGGUGUGCAGAGUCCCGACUGUCCAUGGCGUGCUGCAGCGGCCGGUGUGUCUGUCUGUGUCCCCUCAGUCAGGGCUGGCGGAUGAGAAGCUGCACGUCCUAGUCCGGGGGCUCGGUCCUAGUGAUCCGGUGACGCUGCGGGCGCUGGUGGCGGACGAACAGGGCUGCCUCUACGACUCCUGCGCCCACUACCACGCUGAUAGCUCGGGCACGGUGGAUCUGCACCGGAAUGCCGCUGUGGGGGGUGACUACACGGGGGUGCUGCCCAUGGGGCUGCUCUGGAGCCUGUCCCCCUCUGUCAUGGAGAAGCCUUACCAUAGACUGGAGAAGAGGAGCGUGCACAAGUCCCCAGCGGUGGUGGAGGUGCUGGUGCACGAGGGGCACAGCGCCCCCAAGGGUCUGCCGGGGGCCGUGCUGGCCAAAACCAAAUGUGAGAGGCGGUUUAUGGCCCCCGGAGUGCGCAGGAUCCGACUGCGGGAGGGGGCGGUGAGGGGCAGCUUGUUUCUACCCCCAGGGGAAGGCUCCUUUCCUGGUGUGAUUGACAUGUUUGGGGACGAUGGUGGCCUGGUCGAGUACCGUUCCAGCCUGCUAGCCAGCCGUGGCAUCGCUUCUUUGGCUCUGCCAUACUUUGCCUUUGAAGACCUUCCACCUGCAAUGACUGAAUUCCACCUGGAGUAUUUUGAGGAAGCUGCAAACUUUCUCUCUCGACAUCCAAAAAUUCGAGGGUCUGGCAUCGGUGUAAUCGGUACUGGUAAAGGAGCAGAUCUGGCUCUCUCCAUGAUCACCUAUCUACCCCAGGUAGUUGCAGCAGUUAGCAUAUCCGGUUGCUGUUCCAAUACAGCCGCCCCUCUGAGCUACAAAGAUGUCACCAUCCCAGCCUUGUCCUACAACAUGAGCCGGGUCCAGAUCUCUGAAACGGCAGUGUUUGAUGUCUCGGAAGCGCUCGAAGAUCCGCUGGAUCCGGCCAACCGUCAGUGCCUCAUCCCAGUAGAGAAAGCCCAAGGUUCAUUUCUGUUUAUUGUGGGAGAGGAUGAUCUGAACUGGAAGAGUCCUGUCUAUGCCAAGGCUGCCGUGUCUUGCUUGCAGGAACAUGGGAAGAGUAACUAUACCCUGCUCUCUUACCCAGGAGCCGGGCAUCAGAUUGACCCACCGUCCAGUCCUUUCUGCCCAGUUUCUGUGGAUAGAGUUUUGGGAGUACCUAUUUUAAGAGGUGGAGAACUUAAAGCUCACUGCCAAGCUCAGGAAGACUCCUGGCGGAAAAUUCAAGACUUUUUUCAUGCGCAUCUAAAACAAUAGGUUAAAGGGGUUCUCUGAGACUUUUUAACUGGUGACCUAUCCUCUGGAUAGAUCAUCAGUUUCUGAUCAACACCUGGGACCUCGCCGAUCAGCUUUCUGAGAAAGCAUCGGUGCUGCUGUAAGCGUCACGGUGUUCACAGCUCGCCAACCACAGCGCCGUAAAUUGUAUAGUGGUUGUGCUUGGUAUUGCAGCUCAACCCCAUUCACUUCAAUGGGGCUGGGCUGCGCCUAGGCCAUGUGACC